AUGGAAGAAAGCUUACUUCCCCAAGAAAGGGAACCAGAAGGAAGAAUUGGGUGUUCAGAAGGAUUGUGGGAUGUUUACAUCCAGGAAGCUAAGAGAUUAUGCACCAUAGCACUUCCCAUGGCAGCCAUCAACCUCUCGAUGGGUGCGUUGAACAUCAUAUCACUGAUGAUGGUUGGCCAUCUAGGUGAGCUCUCCCUCUCCAGCUCUGCCAUCGCCAUCUCUCUCUCCAACGUCACCUGCUUCAGCCUUCUUGUUGGGAUGUCAAGUGGUCUCGAGACACUCAACGGACAAGCCUAUGGAGCUCAGCAGUACAGGAAACUUGCAGUGCAAACAUACACCGCCAUCUUCUCGUUGAUAUCGGUCUGCAUCUUUCUCUCCUUGGCUUGGUUCAACAUGGAGAGUCUGUUGGUGCUGAUCGGUCAGGAUCCUGUCAUUGCUCAUGAAGCCGGGGCCUUCACUAGGUGGCUCGUGCCUGCGUUUUUCGCUGCUGCGGUGUACCAGCCACUGGUUAAGUACUACUUAGCACAGAGCUUGAUUACUCCCAUGUUGUUGUGCUCUUGUGUCACCAUCUUUCUCCACGUUCCUUUGUGUUGGGUUUUGAUCUUCAAGACUGGAUUGAACAACUUUGGUGGAGCAUUGUCAGUAGGGAUAUCCUACUGGUUGAAUGUUGUUUUCCUAGUUCUUUACAUGGCAUUCUCUCCUACUUGUGCCAAGACUCGUGCUCCGGUCCUGCAAUGGUGGUCAUAUGAGUUUGUCAUCAUGCUAUCAGGGUUGUUGCCGAAUCCACAGCUCGAGACUUCGGUCCUCUCGAUUUGUCUCACAACAAUUGGGACACUCUUUGCAAUACCAUAUGGACUAGGUGCUGCAGUCAGCACUCGGGUUGCAAACGAGCUAGGAGCUGGGAACCCACAAGCUGCUCGUAGAUCGGUCUACACGAUCAUGAUCCUGGGAGUUGCAGAAUUGGCUGUAGUUGGUGGAAUCUUGUUUGCAGGAAGACAGAUGUUUGGAUACUUAUUCAGCGGUGAGACAGAAGUUGUGGAGGAUGUAUCCAAAAUGGCUCCCUUGGUUUGCCUCUCUAUUGUGGUGGAUGGCUUACAGGAGAUCCUUUCAGGAGUUGCGAGGGGAUGUGGGUGGCAGCACAUUGGAGCAUAUGUGAAUCUGGCUGCACUGUAUCUCUGUGGGAUUCCAGUUGCUGGUCUAUUGGGGUUUGUGUUCCAGCUAAGGGGAAAGGGGCUGUGGAUUGGGAUUCUAAUUGGUGCUACUUUGCAAACACUUCUUCUAGCUGUGGUCACAUUUUGCACCAAUUGGGAAAAACAGGUAAGUAUGGCAAGAGAAAGGAUAUUCAAAGCGAAACCUUCAACAUCAGAUUGCUGA